AUGCUCGACUGCCUGCGCAAUGCGCGCCAAACACGGCCUCGAUUGGGCCAUUUUCGCGACCCUAAUUUUCGAGACCCUUUUCUCGCGCUGCACAGGCGCUCAGACGCUCAGACGCUCCACCGCCCCGCUGCUCGGCUGCUCAGCUGCUCAGAUGUGAUUUCCAACAAGCUAAGCUCGGCCGCUCAAGCUUCCGAUCUUCAUCUGACACCAACACCGGCCGAACUCAACGCUGGCGAGAUGAGCUCGCGUCGAUCGGCACGCGCUUCCGCCGCAAGCCGGCAGAGCUAUCGCGAAGACUCGGACGAAGACCAUGCGGCGCCUGACGACCUGACAGAGGACGAGUACGAACAGCACGACGCUGCCAGCGCAGAAGACGACGAGCCCGAGCCUGAACCUUCCGAUUCCGACGAACAGCGAGAGUCCAGCCGCAGUGCCAAGCGUCGCAAGACCGGCUCGUCCACUCCGUCCAGCAGGGCGGCGGCCAGCAAGGCGGCGCAGAACUCGGACUGGGCACCCGGCGUUACUCGCGUCGUGGCCAAACUCGUCGGCGCGCCCACCACCGACCACGUCCCCAAGGGUGAGCUCAGUCCCAAUGUCUUGCGGUUCCUUUCGGAUCUGGCCGCCAACAACGAUCGUGAUUGGUUCGCUCAGCACGACGCAGUCUACCGCUACUGCUGGACCAACUUUGGCGACUUUGUAUCCGCGGUUCUCGACGACAUUAUGACGCACGUCGAUCCCACCGUCCCCUGGCUCCCCACCAAAGACCUCGUGUACCGCAUCUAUCGCGACGUGCGCUUUUCGAAUGACAAGACUCCCUACAAGACGAACCUCAUGGCAUCGUACAGCAGAGGCGGACGAAAGGGCCCAUUUGCCGGCUACCACGUCUUGAUCAAACCUGGCGGGCGCAGCUUCUUUGCAGCGGGCCGGUGGCAGCCGGAAAAGGAAGACCUUGCUGCCAUUCGUCAGCACAUCCUCGAGAACACUGAUCAAGCACAAGCUCUGCGCCAAGCAGUCCAAGAACCCAGCUUCGUCAAGUGGUUUGGUCCACCCAAACUCAACGCCGACUCGAAAGUCAAAGCCAAAACCAAAUCCAAGCCCGACCAACAACGAUGCAAUCUCUGGGGAGGCGAUGACGAGCUCAAAGUGGCGCCCAAGAUCGCCGGCGUGGACAAGACGCAUCCCGACAUCCACUGGCUCAAGUUGCGCAGCUUCUGCGUGAUUCACACUUUCACAGACGCUGAAGUUCUCAGCAAGCACUUUCGAAAACGCCUGAUCGAGGCCGCCAAGGUGUCCGAACCACUCGUCACCAUCCUCAACUCGAUAACCUCGCCGGAUCCACCGUCCCCACCAGCUUCCGACGGAGAGCAAGCUUCGCAGGACGAGGAAAGCGCCGAAGAAGACGACGACUAG